GUGACGCAGGUGGCGGGUGGAUUUGAAAUUGGGACGGGGAGAAGGAAAAGUUGCGGCGGCUGUAACGACGACAGUGAUUUAAUCACAAUGCGGCGCAGCUCGAGUACCACUGGUAGCAGUGGUCGGCAAUCCAUGAUGCCUCUGAGAGUGCAGGAUACCAACAAGAUGGGUCUUCAUACACCUCAGGCGCAAGACAGAACAACCUUUGGGAAGCUGAGUAUGAGUAAACCUGCAUCUGGUACCUCAGAAAGAAAAGUCAGCUUCUUUGGUAAAAGAACUAGUGGUCCCGGAGGUUCACGUAACAGUCAGUAUGGUGUGUUUGGUACAGAAAAGAUCAAGGAUCCCAGGCCACUUCAUGACAAGGCAUUCAUCCAACAGUGUAUCCGACAGCUCUGUGAGUUUCUUGUAGAGAAUGGCUAUGCCCAUAAUGUCUCCAUGAAAUCACUCCAAUCUCCAUCUGUUAAGGACUUCUUAAAGAUCUUCACUUUUAUCUAUGGCUUCCUGUGCCCUUACGAGCUUCCUGAUUCUAAGUUUGAAGAGGAAAUCCCCAGAAUCUUUAAAGAGCUUGGGUAUCCCUUUGCAUUGUCAAAAAGCUCUAUGUACACAGUGGGGGCUCCACACACCUGGCCUCAGAUUGUAGCAGCUUUGGUUUGGCUAAUCGAUUGUGUCAAGUUGUAUUCUGCCACAAGGGAAAACACACCCUUUGAUGAAGGUCAGACCUGGGAAGGAGAAACAGAAGAUGGAAUUGUACAUCAUAAGCUUUUUAUGGACUACACUGUAAAGUGCUAUGAGCACUUCAUGAAGGGUGGAGACACUUAUGAGGAGUUUGAUGCAGACGUGCAGUCAAAGCUAAAGGAUUUGUUUAAUGUAGAUGAAUUCCAGGUGGAGGCUCUAGCAGCAGAAAACAAAAGGUUGCAUGAAGAGAUUGCAAGACUAGAGAAAGAAAGGGAAACUGAGCCGGAUCGUUUAGUGUCAUUGAAAAAACUGAAAUCUUCUUUGCAAGCAGAUGUUCAGAAAUAUCAGGCUUACAUGGCUAAUCUGGAGUCUCAUGCAGCCAUCCUUGACCAGAAAGUGAAAGGAAUUAAUGGGCAACUUGAAACAGCAGAAAUGGAAGUUGAAGCGAUGAAGCAGGAGAAUGCACGCCUCCAGCACAUCUUUGAUAACCAGAAGUACUCAGUUGCAGACAUUGAGAGAAUAAAUCAUGAAAGGGAUGAACUGCAGCAAACAAUCAACAAGCUGACCAAGGAACUGGAGGCAGAAGAGCACCAAUUAUGGAAUGAAGAGAUGAAAUAUGCUAGAGGGAAAGAGGCGAUUGAAACACAACUGGCAGAGUAUCACAAGCUGGCUCGAAAGCUGAAACUAAUCCCGAUAAGUGCAGAGAAUUCCAAAGGCCAUGAUUUUGAGAUUAAGUUUAAUCCUGAAGCAGGACCAAACUGUCUAGUCAAAUACAGAACUCAUAUUAAUGCUCCCCUUAUGGAGCUCAUAAAUAGGACCGAAGAAGAAAUUAGAAAAGCUACCCACAAGAAAAUGGGUUUAGAGGAUACGUUUGAUCAGGUGAACACAAUGGUAUUAGAAAAGAAAAGCAGUGUUAAAAUGCUUAAGGAAGAAGCCCAAAAGCUGGAUGACCUUUAUCACCAGAAGCUUAAGGAAGCAGAAGAGGAAGAGAGAAAAUGUGCAACUGAGUUGGAAUUAUUGGAGAAGCAUAAACACUUACUUGAGAGUGGAAUCAAUGAAGGCCUCAGUGAAGCUAUGAACGAGUUGCAUGAUGUUCAGCGGCAAUACCAGGUUGUUAUGCAGAUGACAACGGAAGAGAGUAGGAAAGUAGGUGAUAAUUUGAAUCGUCUCUUGGAAGUGAUUGCUACUCAUGUAGUAUCAGUAGAGAAAUACCUGGGUGAGCAGAAUGUAAAGGUUGAUAGAGACUUUGAAGAAUUCAUGUCAGAAGAUUUAUUGGUAAACUUAAGAGAGAUCCUAGACAACUAUAAAAAGAAGGCUGAUGCAGUGUAAUUCUCAAAAAGGUUGAAGAAGAUAAAAAUUUUGGAUUUGCAGAGCUCUAGAGGUAUCCGUCCUUCAAUAUAGGCAUCACCUGUCAUAGAUUUCCUUGUUAGCUGAAUUGCUGUUAUGAUUCAUAGACUCUUUUACAAAUGUACAUAGCUUCCUUUUAGUUUUUAGUAUGUGUAUCAUUAUAUUAAAAAAAAUUAAGAGGUUAAUCAAAUUAUUUGCAAAUAAAGUAAUGAAUUUGUUUUUACUUUCUUUGUUAUCCAUUUAUGCAACUAUGGCAAGACACAAUCCAGAAAACAAAUUUAAUUUUAAUCUCUCUGUAACUAGUAGGAGGUGUUCACAUCACUUGUGCUCCUCCUAGAAACAUUUAAUGGGAUUAAGAUACAGCGCCACCUGUCUGAAAAAUGACUUGGAAUGGAUUUAUAGAUGGGACAUCAAGUCCCAAUGUUUAAAGGGACACUGCCAACUUGAAAAUCUGCCAUCUGAAAACUUUGUAUUGACUGUUACAAUAAACCUAUAAGAUUACUAAUAACUGAGAUGAAAGGGUUUUUUCGCCAUUUUUGAGUUUUCUGUGCAUUUGACAGUAUAUAGCAAAUGUAACUGUUUCUAUUGAUAGUGCACAUCCUUUCCUACGCCCUGCAAGAGACAGUGUUUUGUUUUUUUAACCAGUGGCGGUAGCAGCACCAAAAGAGAACAGGCAGUAGACGGGAGGAGGACUGUGCUUGAGCAUGUUUGGUACUGCUCAUAGACCUGCUGACACACAGAGGAAGCCACCUGGCAAAGGCUUCACUGUACUUUACAAGCAACUCCUGUCUUAGACCUGACAAACUGACUACACCAAUACCCCUCUUUCAUGGUAUUUAUCCAUAAAGGAUAGCAUGUGAGGUCUCUACUGAAAGCCUGUAAUUUAUCAAUACUUAUAAUCAUUGUGAGAUGUGUGUACAAGUAAUAAUUAAGGAAUAAUGUAAUUAUAUUGAAAAUUAUGCCUGAUGAUCUUGAAUUGGAAAUUAGUCCCUAGGGAAUCAUCUGUCUCAGUGAUGGCCCGUUCAAUCAGGAGAGAGUUGUCAACUCACCCUGGUUAGCUGGUGAUAUGGUGCCAGGCUCAAUACUGUGGCCCCAUCUCUUAACAGUCAAAACCAUUAAAGACCAUUGCAAACAUUCGAAACCAUGUGGAGAUAAAAAGGGAACAUUAUUCACAGAAAUGGCGAUCCCCAGUCUGUUAUAAAGACAAAAGACUGAUUCAAUAUGUCACAGGGUGGAGAAAGACACUCUGCAUCCAUUCACUGAGGAGACAUUUUGUUGAGUGGAGGUAUUUCAUAAAAGAUUGGUUCCUGGAAAACCAGCCAGCUCUCUGUCAGACUGACCUUUUUAGGGGGACUACUUUAUUAAAUAGGAAGGGUAUCUAUUUAUAAGUGUAGGUCCUAGUUUGUGUUUUAUUAUUUUGUUUUAUAUUGUAACCAUUUGUUUCCAUGACCCUUGUUUCUCAUUAACUAUCCAUUCUUGCUUUAAAAAAAACUUUUGUUUUAUUAUAAAUGCUGUGUGUUACAUAUCAGGCCCUACCAAAUUCAAGUUCCAUUCUGGUCAAUUUCAUGACCCUAGGGAAAAAUUAGUCAAUUUCACAUUUACAGCUGAAAUUUCACAGUGGGGUCCCAACCCAAAAGUGGGUUCCAGAGCUGUUGAGGGCUGUUGUCACCCUCACUUCCAUACUGCCUUCAGAGCUAGGCUCUGAAGGCAGCAGCCACAGAGCUUCCUGCAGCUGGAGGAGGCUUCUGUAGGUGGAGGUGAGUCUGAUCUCCCCCGUGCUACUGGGAGCAUCCCAGCCAGGGACUUCUAACUGCUAGUCCCAGCCAGUAGCAAAUUAAUGCACGGGCCCACAGGGCUCAUGCCCAGGACACCCAGCCAAUUUGAGGACACCCUGGAGAAAUUGGUGCCUGGAGCCCUGGAAGAUGCCAUGGGGGUGGAAGCCCCAAGCCUGACACCUGGCCAGGCUGGGGAGUGACAGAACUUGCUCUUCCUCUGCACUGCUAUUCUUGUGAGGAUAUCAGACCCAUGUCCAGGUACCUUCCCUGGCUGCAGGAAGUUCCUGGGCUGCUGCAGUGCAGAAGUGAGGGUGUACUGCCCUCACUUCUGCACUGCCUCUGAAAGUUGGUCUGAUCUCCCCACUGAAAGCAACUGCUAGGGAAGAACAAGUCCUGUACUUGCCCAAUCUGGCUGGGACUAGCAGCUAGGAGCCCUCGACUGGAGCGCUCCCAAAAGCACGGGGGGAGAUUGGAUUUCACGGGGAAGGACUUACUUCACAGUCUGUGAAAUGUUUUUCACAGUUGUGAAAUUGGUAUGGUCCUAGUUAGAUAGGUGCGAUGAUUCAAGGUAAAACUCAUAAACUUGGAUACACUUAGGAGCAGAGAAUCUGGGAUUUCUGUGAGUAGCCAGUAUAAGGGGCUGGAUAUCACAGGGGAACGAUUCAAGGGACCUGGGCACUUGUUAACCUGCAAGGUAAAGACAGGGCUGACAUAGCCUGGAGUAGAGUGCUAGAAUGGCUGGCAGGCUGGUGGUGGUAGGGAGCUAACACCCAGCUACUUCAGGGGAUAACAAAGUAACUCCAAUCCUGUCACACCUGCCCAAAGACCCUUCUCAACAUAAACCAGAGUAGAAAAACCCUUAAUUUUUCAAGAAAGUUUUUUGGGGAGAAAAUGAGGACAAUAUAGAACCUUUCUUAAUAGUAUAGAAAAAUUAUAGAGCUUAGUCUAUUAAAAAGUCAAGUUGUGUCCCUUUAAGUGCUCCAUGUUCCCAGAAAACAACCUUAUCUUGCUACCCAGAUAUGUCUGCACCAGAGACAGAUGUAGGCAAGGCACAUUAUCAUCUCUGGCAACAUGGAAGCUACUGUUGGAUAUACUAUUAUUUUUAAAUAAAGCUAUUGGAUUGUUAAGCAAAGGCUCUCAUUAUAGCUUACUUUAGCACCUCUUCAUCCUGUCUUCCUUAGAGGGGUUAAAAUUAGUGUCUAUAAGAGAGACUCAAGCCUAAUAAACAGGAGAACAUGGGUAGCUAUCUUUUGAAUCCAGUCUUGUUUCUCUUUUUUGUUUCCUACUUUGUAUAGUGGACAUUGACUUUUUUUUAAAAUCAACAUUUAUUGCCCUUAGUAGUUAAAUGUACCACAGUAUCUCCUAGCUAGCUAACAGAAAUACUUCAGUCAAUAUUUGGAUUUUUUGAUCUAUCAACUGUGUAUAGUGAUAAAUAACAAAAUAUUCACACUAAUAAGUAUCUAUAAUAAAAACUAAUUACUCCACUGUGUUUUAGAGUUGCUGCUUAUGCUUUCAUCAAGUCUCGAGAAGGCAGAUGACAAAACACAGUCCAAUGUGUAGAUCUAGCUGCAGCUACGUAAAGUGUUUGAAGCACAAACCCACACAAUAAAAUAAAACCUGAGUUCAAAUCAUCUCUCAGCAAAGAUUAUGCACAGCUCUGUGCUGGAUGUCUCUUUAAUAUCUUAUAUAUGGCUUAUAUUGUGCUUUCAGAUUAUAGAAAAUAGCCUGGAAUUAAUGUGGUAUGUAUGAGAUCUUCUGGCUCACAAAUGGGUAUUCUGCUUCAAACAUAGUCCUAGGGAUGGUAGUUUUAAAUAUUAAAUUCCUAAUUAUCCAUUCUCCCACUUUACACUCCAGUAAUUUAUCCUGACCAUACAGACUGUUAUAAAAGUUUACAAGUAGAUCAUACUCCCAUUCUCCUCUUACUCAAGGCUCUCUGUUCCCUGCUCUCUCACCUGCCCGUUUUAAGCUGUCCUCUUCUCCUUGAACAGCCUCCCUCUUCCUGUGGGCCAGAUAAAUUUUCUUCUUUUCAGAAUGCAUUUAUUUUGGUUCAUUUUCUACCACUUACAUGCUCUCCAGAGCCAUAUACUCCUACUCUAAUUAUAAGGAAGUAACAAACAAAUAUACAGAACAAAGCUCCUCAUAUGACCUACUAUUAUUAGAUUUUUAAAAAGCUCUCCCAAGGGCCAUGUUCUCUUUCACUGCUUACAUGUCUGUCCUCCCCUGUAUCCCUAACCAACUUGUCACUAUGUGUUUGUCUAAUUUAUGGCACAACUUGCAGUCUUACUCUUAGGAAUUAUCUACUGAUUAUAAGUGAAUAAAAUCUGAAUAAGAUUACAUGAGUAAAUCUCAUUUCAGUGGGACUACUCACAUGGGUAAGGGUGAGGAGUUGGAGAAUCGAGGCCAGAAUGUCUUGCUCUCAAGUAUUCUGUACAUUUCCUGCUCAAAUAUUAAAGCUGCUUGAAUAAUCGAAAAAUGUCCACAUUUGAAAUUAAUAUUAUUUGCAACAAAUUAUUUUGAUCAGCUAUGAUUUUGGGGCUAGAUCACCAGCAUGUUAUUUAUACACACACACCACACACACACAUAUAUAUAUAAAAACAUGCUGGUGAUCUAGC